AUGCCGGGCGCAGCGGGGAGAGGCGAUCCGCCCCCGACGAAAACGAUAGUUGUCCACAGGAACGGAGACGCUUUCUUUCCCGGAAGGAAAGUAGUUGUGAAUCCGCGGCAAGUGGCAACUUUUGAUAACUUUUUGGCCUCUUUGACUAGAGGGAUUGAGGCUCCGUUUGGCGCCGUGAGGAGGCUGUACACUCACAGAGAGGGCCACAGAGUGCAGCGUUUGGACGACUUGAAGCAUGGAGGUGUAUAUGUUGCAGCCGGAAAUGAGAAGUUCAAAAGGCUGGACUAUUGUGAGAUAACAACCAAGAAGCCACAGAGCAAGAAAAAAGAACCGAUCCGACCUGUUGUUCACAGCAGAAUUGUAGCUUCUGCUCGCUGGAGGAGAAUUUCUGAUGGGUCUUGCACAAUAAAUGUCUUUACCAAUGGAGAGGUCCUGGUUCCUCCAGCUAUAAUACGGAUCCCAAAGUAUACUCUUACAAGCUGGGAAAAUGUUUUAACCAUGGUGACAGAGAAAGUGCGUCUUCGUACUGGUGCAGUGUACAGGCUUUUCACAUUAGAUGGACGUCCUGUCUGCGGUGUCGCUGAACUGGAGAACAACCAACACUAUGUCGCAGUUGGUGCAGAAAGGUUUAAAGCUCUCCCGUAUGAGCGGUGCGUCCCCUGCAGGGACUUAGUCAGGGAAAACAACAUUUUGGAAGGGUAUGACCCAUGGGUUUUUUGCCAUGACACCCUGCCUGCUAUUAGAAAGACAAGGCGCGCAAACGAUGUGUUUGCUCGUACCAGCUUUGGAGAGGACCUUGAGCACACAGCCAGGGGCCAGAUGAAAAAACACGCAGCCGAGCUGGAGAGAACCAAACAACAGAGGCAGGUGUCCAGAAACCCAGUUCUCUUCUCGACGGGGGAGGGCAGCGUGUUCAAUGCACAAAACAAAAGAAGUGAGAUGGCAGGAGCAGCGGAGGUGCAGGAGGACCGCCAGCUGAAGGUGGACCUGCCAAUUGAUCAGGUUGAGGCCAAGAUAGUUGACGAGGAGUAUGAGGAUGGGAGUUGUUGUGCGAGUCCCUGCAAGGCCUCCCUCCAUGAUUCAGACGGCUUGUGUCUGCAGAGGUCUUUGUCUGCAGGUUCCAGGAAGGAUGAGGCUAAAGAGAGGGAGGUGUCUUCCAGGCUUCGCAGAAUGCGGUCACGGAUGUCCCGGUUUUUCAAGGAAUCAGUUAAUUAACAAUCACUGCUUUGACCUGCAAGACAUCCAUUCACAAGGGUGAAAAAUAAUAAGUUCCAAAGACCGCGUGUGGAAAAUCAGCCGUUGUGAUGUGAG